CUUGCUUCUGAACCAAGUGUGAGUGAAGAGGGAGUGAAGAGUGUUCAGCCCGGUCCGUGUCCAAAAGCACAGCCAUCAACACUCAACGGUUGGUUCGUUGAGGCUCAAGGUUUCUUCCAUCGCCCGAAAUCCGUGACAAGAUCCCAGAAUCAUGGCCAACAAACGACCCGGAGAGGGCGCCGAGGGCUCCGAUGACCAAUCCCAGGCCAAGAAAGGCAAAGGAACCGAGGAUUUCGGCCUUCUACUUUUCUCGGGAGCCACGGAUUGGGAGUUUGUAGGUCGCAAGGCCAACAACUUACCGCGCAGCAAGAACACCUUCUGGAAGCCCAUCAUCAUGGAGACGUUCGCCAAUAUGUCUAUGAAGGCCGUGUACUCUGGACCGAAUUCGGUCCAUAUUUUUGCCAUCAAUGAGGAGGGCCAGGUGUUCGCUUGGGGCCGGAACGAGCAAGGUCAAUUGGGAUUGGGCGAUACCAAAGAUCGGAAGAAACCGGCUAAAGUUGAGUUUCCCGAGGGCGUGCAGAUCGCCAAAAUCGCCACCGGCAAGAACCAUUCGUUGUUCCUGACCGAUGCGGGAGAGAUUUUUGCCUGCGGGGAUAACCGUCACGGCCAAACGUCCGGCGGAAAGAAGGACAGUAAAUGCACGAAACCCACUCGGGUGUCGCAUGAGGGUCCCUCGGCGAAACAUAUCGCUUGUGGCGGUGACUUUAGCGCUUUUGUGGGAACGGAUGGUUCCAUUUGGACUUGGGGCCAUCCUGAGCAUGGUCAGCUAGGCCACAACACUGAAGGCCAGUACAUCGAAAAGGCCGGGAAAGUCAACUACGACUAUGUUUACAAUCCCAGCCGCAUUUCCACCUUUGUGGAAAAGGAUGCGCGUAAAAAGAACACUCAAUACCUUACCCCGCCCAACAUUGUGACCAUGGACUGUGGCACCAACCAUUGCGUGGCGGUGGACAGUAAUAAUAAGGCGUACAGUUGGGGGUUCGGUGGAUACGGUCGAUUAGGCCAUUCCUGUACGGACAACGAGAUGGUCCCAUGUCUGAUUGCCUCCUUCAAUGGUCCCAAACGCGGCAUCAAGUCCGUUACCUGCGGCGCUCAAUUCAACUUAGCUCCGGCCGAGAUCCCAGGCACCACCUACAUGUGGGGUCAAUACGUUUCGAGCAAGGAGGCCAACAUGUAUCCCAAACCCAUUCCGGAUCUCUCUGGCUGGCUGGAUAUCAAGUCUAUUGCUUGCUCCACCAAGGGAUGGGUUCUGUCCGCUGACGAUACCAUCAUCGCCGCCAUUCCAAGCCCUGCCUACGGAGAAUUGGCUAUGGGCGAGUUCAAAAAAUCAUCCGCAGCUCCCACUGAAGUGAAAACUUUAGACGGCUUAAAAGUGGCUCAAUGUGCUAUGGGGUUGGCCUAUAGCUUGUUUUUAGCCAGAGUUGAGCCUGAUAAGGUGGAUGCUCUCAAGAAGAAGUAUCCCGUCAUCGCUCAGGUUGACGACUGAUCAAGAAUGGAAAAUUCCACGACGCAGGAACUCGACGACCAUUUCUGUCCCAAAGAGAUCUAUUUUUUACCAGGCUCUGUCUGAUUAUCUGGUGUUUUUUUGUAUUGGUGAAAUAUAGUUCGUACCUGUCAUAAAUCGUUAUUAUUUUGAACGCAUCAAUGAAGAGUUUGUGAUUACACAAGAAUGAAAUAAAACGAUUGAUCAAUA